AUGGAUAUAACCCAAAUUUCGAAUCCAAGUGAAUGGAGAUUUGUUGCCAGAGGUAACGCAAAUGCAGUUUACCAAUACAAUGGUCUCAAGAAGCAAUUGAAGCGGAAGGUUUUGCGCAUGAGAAUCAAGAAAUCAUUAGAACAAUACGUCCCCACUCUGGAACUUUACAACUUUCUAAGUGUCAAAUGUGAACAAAAAUUGCAAAAGUACAUUCUAGAGACAGAGUUGGUGAAAGUGACCCCAAGAUUCAUAUCAGAGCUUGAAACCCAGGGCUUUGAGUUGAUGGCUUCUGAACACUUUGCGUUCCUCAUGGAUAAUAUUCUAUACGGAGAAUUUGACACAUUUGAAUUAUCAAAGAAUUGCAAGCUACAUUUACAAGAAUCGCCCCCAUGUGAGCUCAAGUCAAUUAUAUUGGAAUUGAAGCCGAAAUGGCUCUAUGAUUGUAAAACUAAUUACUGCCGAAAUUGCUCGCUCAACCAAUAUAGAAAUCUUGAGAGACAUUUCUGCCCGCUUGAUUUUCUUAAAGUAAAUUCAAUUGGAAAAGGGAUUAAUGACUUCUUAUCAAAGGUUCCAAAAAACUCAAAAAUUGUCGAUAUUGCUAGCAAUGAACUUCGAGGAUUGCUUGGAGCAUAUCUAGCGAGACUGGACAAUGUGUUUCAAACGAUCAAGGUCCUACAAGAAAUCAAAGAUACCAAUGAUAUAAUUUGCAAUGUGAAAUGCAAAGACGAUAUCUCUGAUGAUCUUUUGUUUGCAAUGACUUUGAGAGAUGUUGGAGUUUUUUUAAUAUUCACAAAAUUUAUUCCAGAGGAGAAAAACGAAACUCUGGGGUACACUGUGACAGCACAUGUUUAUGAUCUCGAUCUCAAACUGAGAGAAAAAUACGAAUAUUGGAAGGCCACUGAUUUGCUUCUUGAAGAUUACUAUAACGCUUGCAAUAAACAAUGGAGUAUAUGCAACGCAGAUGAAUACCUAGAUUAG